AGCCUUUGAUCAUAAAGAAAACAAGAGACAAUGAGCGAGUAGAGUGCGUCACCUGGGCAGACUAUAAAUUUUUCAGAAUCACUGGAUUCUCUGGACUCAGUAAACAGAGAGCAGCGAAUAUCAUAAGUCAUGUGCAUCCUUCGUAGCUGCAUGCUGUGGCUUCUGGUGAGCCUUGUCAUCACCCUGACGGGCGUUGACGGCUGGAUGACUCAGUAUCAGGAAAGCUUCAACUUCAGCUGUCCAGCUCAUCAGUACAUCUGCUCCACCAACAGCGCGUACGACGAUUCCUACGAUGACCGUGUGUAUGAUUUCACUUGCUGUGAACUUACAGGAGAUUUGCCCGUACAAGGCUGCAAGUGGACAGAUUAUGUCAGUUACUUGGACACAAAUGCUUUCUACCGAUGUGUCAAACCAGACGUCAUCGUCAGUAUAGACAGUUACUACGACAGCGACUAUCAAGACAGGUUAUUGCGCUUCAAUUGCUGCCAAGUUCCAACUUUACAGAUAUGGAAAUGAAUCGUCAACAGCAAGAGAACUCAAGCCAGUGAUGUACAAACAAUGGAUUCAAGAAAUGCUACAACAGUGAGAAAACAUGAGCUUCAGUCAAGCAUAUGCCCUUCAGUAACCAUGGAGAUUUAUAAAGAUUCCCAAGCUCAACGGAUUUUUAAAUUAAAAUGUUAAUUACUAUUAUUUGUUCUAGAUGUCGGCCAUUAGCCCAGGCUGUUACACUCGCAGAAAUGUUGAUGGUUGACUACUGGCAUCUCGUAAAUAGAUUUUUGAAAGUAAUAUGCCACGAGACAUAACUUCCUAUUUCUGUUUAGAAUUUAAAUUAUUACAUUAUCAUCUCAGUUAUCUGUUGGGCAUACAUAUGAAUUACAAUUAGUUGCAGUACAUUCCUCAUCGACAGUAAUUUGACAUAGAAAAUAAAGUGGGAAAAGCGUU